AUGGCGGACCUCACGGUCAAUCUGAUCAGCGGACGGGAGGUUGAGGCGAAUUUGAAGAGCUUCGAGGGCAACGGCGCAGAGUUACGAGAGCAAGUCGGCUGUGCAUUGCGGAUCACGCCGCAUCGCUUGAGGCUGCUUACCGCCGACAACCAAGAAAUAAAAGAUGCCGACGUGAUUGUGGAGGGCAUAAAGUGUCCGAUCACUGCAACCGUCGGUGAGGGCCAGGAGAUCGGGGAUUUCUGCCAGGAGAAGAUGGCCGACUUCGAAAGUAAACUCGUUGAGGAUGCCCUGAAUCUACCACCCGGGACAGAAGAGCUGUCCGAUGGCAUCUUGCUGGGAAGGGUCAUGAUGCUGGCAAUCAAGAAGGAAGAAGGCAGAAUCUGGAAGAAGUACCGAAAAGUACUCAAGGAGCAUAGGUUUGAGAGCUAUGAUUUCGAUCCGGAAGAAGAGGACUGGGAAAGUGUUGGGCAAUGGCGCUUGCACAUCAAAGAAUCGAGGAGGCAAGCGAUGAAGCCACACUGGCAAGAAGCACAUGAUGGGCUAAAGAAAUGCAAGCAGGCCGCUCAUGGCUUCGUAGAGCUCGACAAGAGGCUGCAGCAGCCAUUGAAGCUCCAGUUCUACUGUCGGUGGGAGGAGCAUGAGACGAAUGGCCAGAAGAAGAAACAUCGAGUAUAUGGAAUUCGGCAAGCGUACGCUGCGGUGGAGUUCUCACGACUUUUUGGCCGAUGGCUGGAACUUGAGGGGCAGUUCAACAAGGCGGCAUCCACGUGCAUUCUGUCCGCGUGGCGAGACCGCAUCACGACCGUCAUCGAAGUGGAGCGGGAGACCAGCGCUCCGAAGGUCCUGAAGAUGUUCCACACUUACUGCGACUUGCUCACCGCUGCGCAUGCUGGCCACGAAGCCGCUGCUUGGAUCAAGCCUCAUACCAAAGCGACCAUUGCGGCACUGCUGAAGGGUCUCUCCAAGGAGGCUUUCAUGCUGAGAGCAGCUGCAGGAGUGUCGCAUCCGAGUGAAGAGGAUAGUCCCGACAGCGUCCAGGUCAUAACAGAGUCCAUGGAGCAGUUGCAAGCCACGGCGCCAUCUGUUGAUGGACUGAAGGAGGGGCUGUGGGAGUUUCUAGCUGAAUUGGCGGAAGACAGAUGUGACCCAAUGCGGUUCCUGGGAAUGCGCCUGCUGACGCAAUACCACGCGGCAAACGAAGAGACCCACAAGCUGUUCCAGAAGCAGUCCGAGUUUGAUUGGUUUGCGAAGCAUCCAAAGCGGCCCUUGAGCAGUGCCUUUCCCAGCCGGCUCCGUCUCCAUCUAACGGCUGCGUUUGUGGUCUUUGUUGUGUUUUGCCAAGUCAGUGACAAGAUGCGAGUGAGGGCCCGUAAGUACGCUCCAACAUGUGGUGGCAUGCCGAGCUGUGACCUUGAGCUGUCCGCUACGCAGGCUGACGUUGGGGCGCUCCUGCGGCGCUGCCUUUUCCUCGGCGCCUCCACGGCGCUGGCUGCUUCUCGGACCUGCCGGCCCGAGGACUUUUGUAUACCAGUCAAUUGGGGACUGGAGAAGGGGCAGCUGACUUUGCAGCUGCAGAUUUUGGACAAGCCGCCGAGAUCGCCGAACGGCACCCCGCCGUAUGGGAGACGGGGCCUUGAUGGUUCCGAAGAGGGACAAGCAAGGCGCUUCGUGGACUACAAGAUGGAAGCGGCUCCUUCGUGGAAUGGCGAGCACCCGGAGAGCGAGUACCGGGAAUACGCCAGGAACCUCAAGCUGUGGCUUAUCGAGGCGGAAGCUCGAUUGCCACCAAGCCUGACUGGCAAGAGGAUACUCGAUGUGAUUUUUUUUGGAAGCAGGCUGGCAGCCUCCUUGGCCCACCUCUCUGUGGAUGACAUCACCGCCCCCGACGGCUAUAAGCAGAUCAUCGCCGUCAUCGAGGAGUCGCACGCUUACCUCAAGGAGGCUCGCCUGGAGCAAGCGUUCGAUGCUGCGAUCUUCCGUGGACGCAGGAGGCCAGGACAGACCUUGACGGGCUUCUUGGCGACAAAGAAGGCAGCCUUUGCGGAGCUGAAAAAGCAAGGGCUGGACAUGCUGGCCACGGAUGCUGGGAACCACCUGCUGGGUCACCUCUUGCUCAAGCAGGGCGGCUUUACCGUGGACCAGCAGCAAAGAAUCCGAGUCCUUACGGACGGCAGCAUUGACUUCAGGAAGAUUGAGCUGGCGAUCCGGAAAAUCUUCGGUGACUCUCUGGACGACAGUCAAGCCAAGACCUAUUGGGAAGGCACCUGGCACGAGGGCGAUGGCGACGAGUCAGGCGAGUACGACAUCUACUUCGGCAACGACGGCCAGAACUAUGACCGGGACCCCGCCGAGGAGUCGACCAUCUUCGAGGACCUCCUGGACCUGGACGCUGACACGGGUGAGGUCUACAUGGUCCUGGAGCAUGACCCCCCGGACAUCGUGGAGGAAGCGGAGGCCGUCGAGUUCAUGGGUGACUACCUGGCGCCUGGCGUGGACGCUGUUCGAGGCCACAAGGGACGCUUCACCGGCAAGGGCAAGGACUACAAAGGAAAGGGCUCAAAGGGUACCCCUGGAGUCUUUGGAGUCUAUGGCUCUUACCAGGAUUAUCGCCGAGCGCUCCAAGAUGCCCGAAAUGGUCGUGGUUUCGACAGGCGGCCCCGGCUGUCGGUGAACGAUCUGAUGGCCGACAGCGUGAGCAGCCACGAGGUGCAAGCUGGACCACCAAGCGGUGGCCAAAGCAAGCCUACCACUGCUAUGUUCUUUGUAGAGCCCCCGCAGACCAGUGCGGCCGGCUACAUGUCCAUGACCACAGGAGAGUCAGACCAGCAGUGGCCGCAAUACAUGCUGGACAGUCUGGUUGGAACAUGUGCCUUGUCUUGUUUUAACACAAGCUGUGGGACGCCUGGGCCCGUGGAAAAUCUUGACUUCCUGUCCUACAACUUUGCCACAAGCAUGGAGACACCGGGCAGGGCUCUGGUGGACACGGAUGGGGGCACGGUCCGUGGCGUGUGCGGGGCGGAGGAGCGUACUCCAAUAGCCUACAUUCCCAUCGGGCGCUUCUACUUGCGCUUGCGAUUGGUGGUGUGGACUCAGGCCGCCAAUGCCUUGAUGAUCGUGGCUCAACAGCCUCAACUUCGAGACGUCCGUCGCCUGGCCGCCAGACGAGAGCGUUUGGAACGGCAGGUUCUGGACAUGCAGCAGAAGGAGGCAGAGCUCAUGGAAGCAUCUCGGCGCACGUCUUCGGGCAAGGUGCCAAUGCUGAACACGAACAUCAUCGACGAGACGGGUCAGCAGCGACCCCUGGCACAGCACCUUGGACGGAGCCAAUACCUGGCGCCGGUGUUGCGGCAAUCGCCAACUUGCACGCAUACUACGACAAGCCACGGCUGCAACCGCGACUGGAGCUGGACCAAGUGCGACGCUUGUGGGGCUAUCGAGCAGAUACCCAAGCUGACCCCAGACCGGAUGACAGACCGGGACAACUACCGCGACGAGCUCGACAACGCCGACUGCCGGACCACCACCGACGAUGACCACGCCAUCGGUGCCUACGACCCGGACGUCGACGGCCACUCCGGCACGACCGAGUCCUACCCCAACAUUUGGAGACAACCUGCGGCAGACAGUGUCUUCGGCACGAUUGACGGCAAGAACAACAGCGGCGGCUACCGCACGUUCGAGCGGCCCACGCUCGGAAGGGCCGAUGCUCCCAACCGAGGCGAUGGAGCCACCGCUACAUCCCCCACGGCGCGGCCGAGAUGUGAGUCAGAAUUCGAGAUUGGCACGCCGGACAGCCAAGCCAUACCUCCACCAACCUUGGCUGGAGACUGGGAGCACGACAAGGAGAUGAUGGAGGACGCCCUGAACCUUCUGAUGCCGGGGGCGGCUCCGACACGGAGCUGCACGAAGUGUCUUGUGGGCGAGCUUGUGUUGAACUGGCGCGAGGGGAAGCAGAAGUACCUGUGGAUAUGCCAGCGAGGCGGCCCGAGCUGCGAGUUCGUCUGGACGGACUGGAUCGAGCUCAACUCGGUGAUGGCGGCGUUCGAGCCAAUAGGUGGUCUACAGGAGGAGGACACCGCGGAUGAGAUCGGGCUGUCCUUCGAGAGUUUGGAGAUGCUGGCUACUUUGGUCGAUCCAGCCAACAGCUAUGUCUGGGCAUUCACUGGUAAGACUGUACCCCGCACAAGGAAUGCAGUCCUGAAGUCGCCCCGAGCAGCUCGAGUGAUCUUUAAUGUGGACGAGGGCGACGUGAAUGUGUUGGACAUUGCCAAGACGCACGCUGUGGACUACCCUUUGGGGGAUGAGGAGGUGACUGUGUAUGUGCUGCAAGAGUUCAAGGCGGACUUCGUGCAAGAGUUGGACGACGUGCGCCAUGACCCGAUCGAGGUCACCCUGGACAAGAAUGUGAAGAAAGAGCUGCUGACUCAUUUGAGCUUGCUGAGUGGCGGACAAGAUGACGAUAAGUACUGGGAAGCCUGCAUUAGCGAACAUGUCGAGCUUCAAUCGGAGUACCACUUCAUGAGGUUGGACCUGGACAGCGGAGUCUACGAUGGACGGCCAUCCGAGACGAAAGCUCAAGUAGGCAAGCUUGAUGCGAACAUCGUGGAUGCCGAGGCCACCAUCAUCUUCUAUGGCUGGGACAAGUAUGAAUUGGCGACCAGACCGGAAGGUGACCACCAAACCUUUGCCGAGACCUUUGACAUCUCGACCCAGGAGAAAAGGGCCAUUCCGUUGCCAGCGGCUACCCCCCGGACAUACGACUUCAACGUGGUGAUCGGCAUUGACGUCUUGUUUGUCCACGGCCUGGACAACAAGACGGAGCAUCCGGUGCUGAAUGUGACGUGUCUUGGGACGCUGUACUCCACGUUCGGCAUGAUUGACCCCCUGCGCCGAGACUCUGGACCCGAACGUUUGGGCCACCCGACUUCCUGUUUUACUGGUGGUGAUUUCCAGAGCGGCCUUGAGAGAAUGUGCAUCCAGCCGAUCGUUUGUGAUCAGGAUGCGCCUUGGGAAAAUGGUGUCUGCGAAAGGCGCGGCGAUCUGUUCAAGAAGGUCUACUACAAGAGCCGUGAGCUAGCACAGCCUCGAGACUUGGACGAGGUGGAGCUGCUGAUUUUCGAGUCAGCCUGGGCAUUGCAGACGACCAUCAACAGGUCAGGCUUUACUCCGGCCCAGCGUGUUCUUGGACGGCAGCCCAGGGUAGCCUUGGACCUCACCAGCGACGACCGGCACUACGAGCUAGCUGUCACCCAAGACAAAGCGUGGACGAGGGCAUCGGAACUUCGAGAUGCCGCCAGAAGGGCAUUGAUGGAGCUCGAUGCCAAAGAACGACUUCAGCGGGCAAACCGCGGAAGACCACGGAGGAAGUUGGAGACCCGCGUGUUCACCGAGGGACAACCGGUCGUUGUGUGGCGCCAGGGUCGCAGGGGUGCACUUGCUAAAGUUGGACCCUGUUUCGUUAUCCUCCAACGUGGCUCCACGGUCUGGGUCACCAGGCGCGGAGAAUUGUGGAAGUGUGAUGCUUCGCAAGUCUUCGAGAUGGGACCUCUUGAGGUUCAGGGCAUCGAGGUCAUUCCGAAGGACCUGCUCAUGGCAAAGGAACGACUGAGGUUUGAUAGCGAAAAGCUUGGUUUUGUCGACGUGAGUCAGGAGAACCAGCCCGACAAGGAGGAGAGAUACGAAGAAGAAGACCCAGCCGAACCUACUAAGCUGCGAACUGCUGCGCAACACGGACUACCUCGUGAAGAUGGGGAGGACGCAGACCUGCCUUCGGACGCCGAAGGCUACUCUCCGGAUGAGAUCCCGAAGCGGCCAGAGCAAGCUCAGACCGAAGGCCCCGUGGUGACAACCAGGCCGGCAACGAAGCUGAAACAAGGUCGAGAACGCCGGAACCACCGCGGCAGACGCGGGAACGACCUCCUGUACUACCAGGACUUCCGGAACCUCGAGACGGACAAUCAACUCUCCGACACCGGCGAGGUCAUUGAGGAUGAAGAGUUCACCGGGUAUGAGCGACCACGACACUUGUCACGAUCCCUGCCAGCUGGACCCGUGAACUUGGAGACCAUCCUGUACUACAGACCGAGGCCUGGACACCCAGACCCUGGCACCGCUGUCAACGACACCAGCCUGCGAGGGACCAGCGUGGAUGAGGACAAGCGGCUCUUUGACAAGGGUCUGAAGCGGGUGCACGAUGGUUCUGGUCACCAAGGACAUGCUCAGCCCAAGUCCAAGAUUGGUGGCAUGUGGAUCGCCGAUGUUGUCACCCCGUGGGGCGACAAGAGGAAGUACCCGAUGAUCGCCAAUAGCCGCGACCUGAGUGUGUUCGGCAAGCUGCAGAAGAACGACGUCCUCUACACGUACAGCGAGCUGCACUCUGGAUGGAUCUGCCUGACCAAGAAGUCCGGGAAGGAGCUUCAAGAACGGACACUGAAUGACAUGGAGAAGCGGAUGUUUGCGGAAGCAAAGCUGACUGAGAUCCAGAAUUUGGAGGGAUCAUCGGCGAUUGAGUUCGUCACCGAUCCCGACGAGAUCCGCAAGAUCCAGGAGACCUUCUCCCAUCGGAUCGUUCCGUCUCGAUUCAUCCUGACAAAGAAGCAGCAGGAGGUGGGCCAGUCUUGGAAGGCCAAAGCCAGAUGGAUCCUGCUUGGACAUCGUGAUCCGGAUGCUCAGGAGCUUGAACGAUAUGCCCCGACACCGGCGACUCCGACGGUGUACCUCACGUUCCAACUGUUGAGCAGCUUGCGCUACAGGAUGGUCAUCAUGGACGUGAGCUCAGCUUUUGGUCAAUCGGACCACCGCACCCGCGAGCAAGGGCCAAGCAUCUACAAGUCAUCUGGGGAGUACUUGGGACGAACCGUCUACCAGACCGAGGACUUCGAGAUCCAGAUCUCCAUGGAACGAUACAUACAGGAAAAGCUGAAGCCAAUCGUCUUACCAAGGGACAAAGUCAAGGACGAGGACUGCAUUCUUGAUGGCAACGAGACGACCUUGGUACGUGGAGCGGGCGGAUCCUUGUUAUGGAUCGGGCGAGAAGCUCGCCCUGACAUGGGCGCAGCCUGCGCGAUGGCGAUGUCAUUUGCCAAGGAGGGCCCGAAGGUCCGGAACGUGAAGUGGAUCAACAAGGCCAUAGCUGAACUGAAGAACACGUCAGACACCAGGCUCCGCAUCCUCCCGAUUCCGCUUCAGAGUGGGAUAUGGAUGGUCUUCACGGAUGCCUCUCUGGGGAAUGCCGAGGGAGACAAAAGCCAAGGUGGCUUCUUGCUGGCGUUCGUGGACAAAGAGAUCAUCGAUGGGCAAAUCGGACGACUCAGCAUCAACAGCUGGAAGUCGCACCGACUCCGUCGAGCAGUCAAAGCUUCCCUUGGGGCAGAAGCGCUGGCGCUGGACGAUGGGUUGGCUGAACUUGAAUGGGUGAAAGCCCUGUACUGCGAGAUCGCCAUUCCCGGCACCUGCGUGAAUGAUGGAUCCAGGUACGGAGAUGAUGAGACUGUGGCAGUCAUCAGAGUCAAAGACGAGGAGGACUCGAUGGCUGUGACGGACGCCCGAGCUCUCUAUGAUCUCUGGCAUAGAAGGUCAGGAGCUGCCGGUCUCUGUCGAAGAGCUCAGCUGGACGUGGCGGUCAUGAGGAAGAGCGCCGAGGUCCUCAAGACGAAGCUGUAUUGGCUUCCGGGCGAGUACAUGGUUGCUGAUGCACUGACAAAGCGUCUAGGGAACAGUUCGUUGCUUCGAUGGGGCAUGGCUACCUGUCAGUUUGCUGUCACCAAGACGGCCCUUUCCAAGCUCUGGAUGUCACCCUCCGUUGGAUGUAAAACCGUAGACAGUAAACUCCAGAGCUGUGUGCAGGAGGGCCCGUAA